AUGAAUGGCAAAGUUGUUCCUGGUCCCGAGCUGAAAGGAGCUGAAACUGUGGAAACAAUGCUUGUCGGCGCUGUAGUUUGCGUACUAACAGCUGUGAAUCCCGAAUUCAUAGAACCCGAGGCCGCCAUAGAUCAGAUUGUUGCUCAAGAAAUUCACCAAAGUGGAGGGUUUAAGACCGGAGCCUGUAAAUGGAGGGUUUGGAUCUUGUAUAGCAGCUGGAAAUUCUACAUGCAAAACAGUAAACCGUUAGGCUCGCCGCAGAGAUGGGAGGGCUCCUCUGCGACCACCCUCUGGCGUGAGGAUAAGUAUGGUGAUCUAUCUUCAAAUGAUUUCACUGGACAACUACCGGCUGCACUUGCAAAACUUACCAACUUGGCUAAUGUAAGAAUACGUGACAACAAUUUCACUGGAAAGAUACCGAACUUCAUUAGUCAGUGGAAACAAAUUCGGAAAUUGCAUAUACAAGGUUGUUCUUUUGAGGGGCCUCUUCCUUCUAGCAUCUCUUUCUUAACCAAACUGGAGGAUCUCAGAAUUAGUGAUUUGAAAGGUGAGGCUUCUACUAUCCCAUCACUGGAGCAAAUGAUACGACUGGAUAUAUUGAUACUUAGGAAUUGUUUGAUCUAUGGGACAAUUCCUAACUACUUUGGGGAUUUCAUGCUUCUGACUACUUUAGACCUCAGUUUCAACAAUUUGACAGGUGGGAUUCCAUCAUCUUUUUCUAAACUAGAAGCUGAGCACGUCUAUUUAACUAAAAAUAAUCUUACUGGACCUGUGCCUGCAUGGGUAUACUCAAGCACCAAGGACGUGGAUAUUUCGUGUAACCAUUUUACUUGGGACCCUUCUGGUCCAAGAAUAUGUGAACAAGAGAAGAUAAAUGUGGUGGAGAGCUAUUCUUCGUCGUCAACAGAUAAACAAUACAAUAUUCAACCAUGUCUAAGGAAAGAUUUCCCAUGUAUUAAGUCAGAUGUAAAGAAAAUCUAUUCAUUGCGCAUCAACUGUGGGGGAAAAGAAGUAUAUAUAAACAACACUAAAUACGAAUCUGAUACAGAGAAAAAAGGUGCCUCGCCAUAUUACAAUGCUGGAAAUUGGGCAUUUAGCAGCACAGGAAACUUCUUAGAUGAUGACCGUGAUUCUGACAUCUAUAUUCUUUCCAACACAUCUAGUCUCCAUAAUACAUCCACAUUUGAUACCGAUUUAUAUACAACAGCACGCACCACCGCUAUUUCUCUUACUUAUUAUGGAUUGUGUCUUAUAAAUGGGAACUAUACUGUCAUGCUCCACUUUGCAGAGAUUGUUUUCACCCAGUAUAACUCAUUUAACACCCUGGGGAGGCGUGUAUUCGAUGUUUAUGUGCAGGGAGAGUUAAAACUAAAGGAUUUUAAUAUAGAAAACGAGGCUGGAGGCGUUGGUAUGACAGUUAUUAAGAGGUUUACGGUUAAUGUGAAAAAUAACACACUCAAAAUUCAACUUUAUUGGGCUGGAAAAGGCACAACCAAUAUUCCUAAAAAGGGAACUUAUGGUCCGAUUAUAUCAGCUAUAUCGAUUGACCCCGAUUUUGAGCCACCAAAAGAUGAAAAAAAGAUGGAAGUUGGUUUAAUAGUUGGAACGGUUGGUGGAGGACUUUUUUUUGUACUUUUAAUCAUUGUUAUCUUGUGGAGAAAAGGAUACAUUAUGGGGAAAAAAACAGAAGAGAGAGGUAAAACCUUUAAUUUUGAUUCUAACGAUCGCAACAUCUUUUGUUUAGCAGAACUUAGAGGCAUAGAUCUACAAACAGGCAUUUUCACUCUAAGACAAAUAAAAGCGGCAACAAAGAACUUUGAUCCAUCAAACAAGCUUGGAGAAGGUGGUUUUGGUGUCGUUUACAAGGGUCUAUUGUCGGAUGGGACAAUAAUUGCAGUAAAACAACUAUCAUCAAAGUCUAAACAAGGAGCCCGCGAGUUUGUCAAUGAAAUUGGCAUGAUGUCUGCAAUACGACACCCAAAUCUUGUCAGACUUUAUGGAUGUUGUGUUGAAGAGAACCAGAUGUCUUUGAUUUACGAGUACAUGGAAAAUAACUGCCUAUCUCGUGCCCUUUUAGGGACAGACAAAGUAUUAAAAGCAAAGCUGACAUGGAACGUGAGGUUAAGCAUAUGUAUAGGGAUAGCUCGGGGUUUGGCUUACCUUCAUGAAGAAUCACAUAUGAGAAUCAUACAUAGGGAUGUCAAGGCUAGCAAUGUUUUGCUUGAUGAAAAUUUCAAUGCAAAAAUAUCUGAUUUUGGUUUAGCAAAGCUUAAUGAUGAUGCAAAUACCCAUAUCAACACUCGGGUUGUGGGAACAAUGGGUUAUAUGGCUCCAGAAUAUGCCAUGCGUGGUCAUUUGACUACUAAGGCAGAUGUUUAUAGUUUUGGAAUUUUGGCACUAGAAAUUGUUAGUGGGAUAAGCUGCAACAAAAGCUUCAGCUAUGAGACCGAAGAAUGCCUUUACCUUUUUGAUUGGGUAUGGCUUUUGCAUGAGAAAGAAACUUUAUUAGAACUUGUUGAUCCAGACUUAGGAUCCGAGUAUUCAUCAGAAGAAGCAUUGACGAUUAUACAAGUGGCCCUUUUAUGCACAAAAGGAUCCUUCCGUAGACCAACCAUGUCUCAAACCUUGAACGUGCUAGAGGGUCGAACCAACAUUCAAGAUUUGGAAAAGGAACUACUUUCUUCAACUAUGCACCACCCUGAUAACAAGCCCUUAAUAAAACAACUUUGGCCAGACUAUAGUGAAAUCCGCCCAACGCGUGGGGAACCACAUACCGAGUCCUUCAUCACGGAGUCCUUCGUCACAGAGUCCUUCAUCACAGAGUCAUCAUGACUACACCCUAAUGCAUAUAUGACGAUGUGUACGGACUAAAUACUGUUCUAAUAUAUUUAGGCAUUUUCUCUUUUGUAGUCAUAGAUGGGACAUAUAGAUUUAAGCAUCAACAACUCAUCAAAGGGUGAGUUUUGGGCCUUCUUUUUGUAUCCAGAAUGUUGAAUUACAGCUUUGAUCGAAUCAUAUGUU